AUGUCUCAAAGAAUAAUUCUACCGAGUACUUCGGACGAAGGUGUGUUCAACAACAGCGAGGGGUAUGAGUAUACGAUUGGUCCCAAGCAAUCUCUACCGAAUGAAGCCUCCAUGGCAAUGAUCCCAUCGAGACUUUAUAAUGAGUCCCUAAUGUUCAGAAAGCAAGAAGUUUCUCUGUCAGCAACUACUUUUCUCUUCCAGGGUAUGGUUUCAUAUAUUCACAGUCACAGCAAAUCAUCGACAGAGUUUGAAUCGACACUCAAUGAACAUGGGUUUAGUAUAGGAUCCAAAUUAUUGGAACUUCUCAAUCUGCGAGCCUCAAUUCCUGCAACAGCACACUCAAGGACCUCCAAUUUCUUGGGCACUUCUGCUUCUUCGAAUAACGCCCUAAACGAAACAGCUGGAUCAGCUACUGGAUCCGGAGCCAAUUCUCUAGGAGCAUCUGAGCACAUUUAUCACAACCACGAAAAUGGAUCCGAUUCGAUAGCCUCCCUAAUAACCAAUACCAGGUCCCGAGAUUUGAAGAUCCUAGAUAUGCUACAAUUCGUUCAUGGAACUGUAUGGUCCUACCUUUUCGGGCAUGUCAGUGAUGAUCUAGUUAAAUCCUCUGAGAGAGAUAAUGAAUACAUGAUUGUAGACAAUCGACCAGUGCUCACACAAUUUAUCCCUGGCGGAGUCUCCUGUGACUAUUUCGUCUGUGGGAUCAUCCAGGGAUUCCUCAACACAGCUGAGUUUCCCUGCAAGGUCUCAGCUCAUUGCAUGCCCCAGAACGGCUUCGAUCGUAGAGUCGUCUACUUGAUACAGUUCGACAAACAUGUUCUCGAGAGAGAAGGACUGAGGUUUGGUCAAUGA